CCCCCGUGUGCGGAUGGUACGCUCCGGUAAGCCUGGCCGGGUUGCAGUGGAUGUUGCUAGAAUCCACGCGGAGGAAAGAAGAGACGCAGGCAGGCUGCGGUGACCCAAGCGGCCACCCCCGCUUCAGGGACCCCUUCCUCCAGGGACGACAUCAUGACCCAGGGAAAGCUCUCUGUGGCUAACAAGGCCCCCGGGACUGAGGGGCAACAGCAGCAGCAGGCAAAUGGAGAGAAGAAGGAUGCUCCGGCAGUGCCCUCUGCGCCACCCUCUUACGAGGAGGCCACCUCUGGAGAGGGGCUGAAGGCAGGGGCCUUCCCCCAGGGCCCCACGGCUGUACCACUCCAUCCAAGCUGGGCCUAUGUGGACCCCAGCAGGAGCUCCGGCUAUGAAGGUGGUUUCCCCGCAGGACACCAUGAGCUUUUCACCACCUUCAGCUGGGAUGACCAGAAAGUUCGCCGGCUCUUCAUCAGAAAGGUCUAUACCAUCCUACUGGUCCAGCUGCUGGUGACCGUGGCUGUGGUGGCUCUCUUUACCUUCUGUGACGUCGUUAAGGACUAUGUCCAGGCUAACCCAGGCUGGUACUGGGCAUCCUAUGCGGUAUUCUUUGCAACUUACCUGACUCUGGCUUGCUGUUCUGGACCCAGGAGACACUUCCCUUGGAACCUGAUUCUGCUGACCAUCUUUACUCUGUCCAUGGCCUACCUCACUGGGAUGUUGUCCAGUUACUACAACACCACAUCUGUGCUGCUGUGCCUGGGCAUCACGGCUCUCGUCUGCCUCUCCGUCACCAUCUUCAGUUUCCAGACCAAGUUUGACUUCACCUCCUGUCAGGGUGUGCUGUUUGUGCUGCUCAUGACUCUCUUCUUCAGUGGACUCCUCCUCGCCAUCCUCCUGCCCUUCCAAUAUGUCCCCUGGCUCCAUGCCAUCUAUGCUGUGCUGGGAGCCGGUGUGUUCACGUUGUUCCUGGCAUUUGAUACCCAGCUGCUGAUGGGUAACCGGCGACACUCGCUGAGCCCCGAGGAGUAUAUUUUCGGAGCCCUCAACAUCUACUUAGACAUUAUCUAUAUCUUCACCUUCUUCCUGCAGCUUUUUGGCACCAACCGGGAAUGAGGAGCCCUCCCCACCCCCACCCUUCUCCAGAGAAUGUCCCUUCCCUGUCCUGUGACCCUCUCCGUGCUCUUGCAAGACCAGACAUAAACUCGCUGCAGCCAGCUUGUGAGCAGCCGCUCCCUCCUGCAGCCAGCCCUCGCGUUGCCCUUCUGCAGCUUGUACAUAUGCCACGCUUGAGGCCCCGCAGAUCUGAGGCCCCACCAUCCCCUGCGGUGCUCCCGGCACCCGAUUGCAUCUUCCAAAUGGCCCAGUCAAGGCUGAGGGCACCUCUGGGUUUGCAGACCCAAGGAAUGAGCAGGAGGAGCCCAGCAGGAUCUCAGAGGUGGGAAGGGGACCCCAGGAAGCCUGGCUAAGACUGUGACCCCCCACCAAGUCUUCUAGGGCUCCCUCUUCUCUUUCGGGUCAAGCAACUAUGCUUUGUAAGAAAAAAUAGCUGAGAGGGCACAGCUGGGACAUGAGGUCAGGGCUCUGUGGAGUGGAUAAAGCCGGUAACUCUCAGCUGUAGGCCAGUGCUUGUUCUAGGGACCCGGGCAAUAUAAAAAGAGUAGGAAGUCACUGUUUGCCCUCCUGGGUCAUCUGGGACAGGGGGAUGUGCUAAGCCAGUCCUGAGCUCCCAGGCAGGGGAAGGCAAGGGGAAGCUGGGAGGGCUGAACCAGGGGCUGUCAAUCAAAUCGCAUCCACUGGAAAGGCAUAUAUGACCACAGGACUAGAAACAGGACUAGAAACCCAUCUCUCUUUUUUCCACUCUAUGCCAUUCCCACAGACCUAGGGGGAGUGGGGUGGAAGUCUGGUGGAAGUGGUAAUGUCUGCUGGACUAGCCCUUACCCAGGGCUCUCCUUCAGUCCCUUCCACACCUGUGUCCUAGGUCUUCUCCUAUCUUCUGCUACAGUCUGUCUUAUCUCCAGCCAGGCCUCCUGAGGCCCGAAGAGUAGAGGCAUCCAUUUCCCUCCCCCCAGCUUCCCUGGCCACUCAGCCCAGAGUCCCUGGGCCCUUGCCCCGGUAUCUCCACAUCUCUGUAAUUUGGAAACUGUCCAGCUAAUGGUCACAGCCAGGGCCAGUCCCUUGAGCCUGUCCCGUGUGAUGAGGCCAGAGCUCCUUAUCAACCUCCAGGCUGCUGGGAUCUCAGGCAGAGUGUGCGUCAGUCACCCUGCCCUGGCUGACUGCCUGCUGGAGAGGGGACCAGGGGCCUACACCUGGGGCAGCAUGCGGGCGCCUCAUGCACACGGCCAGCUCUAGGCAGUGGAAAGUUACUGGGUGAGGGCUACAAGGCCCUGAGAGGAUGUAAGGGACCCUGUUUGCCCCAGGAAAGGGGACUAGGUAUCCCACCCACUCUGCCCCCACCCACCCUGCCUACUCUAGCCUUUGAGAAAUAUUACAGAAGCAUUUGAAA